AUGUAUAAUCUCGUCGUCUAUGGCCGUGAACAUUGCUGCUUAGUAUAUCUUGACGAUAUAAUAAUCUUUGGUGAGACAUUUAAGGAUCAUACGAAGCUUCUGGAUGAAAUUCUUAGUAUCCUCGAUAAAGAUCGAUUUCAAUUAAAUCCUAGCAAAUGUUCAAUUAUGAGAACCAAAAUUGAAUAUCUCGGACAUUCAAUUGAUAAAUAUGAGAUCGCUUCACUUUAUGAUAAUAUUAAAGCAAUACGAGAAUUACCAAUACCUGAUCAUCCAACAUUAAAACAAGUUAAUGAAUUUAUAGGUGGAAUCGGAUUUUAUAGAAAGUUUAUUAAAGAUUUUUCAAAGAUUGCGGCUCCUAUCCAUCGUGUAACAAAUCUGACCAAGCACAACAAACACAAAUUUAAAUGGGGCGAAGAACAAAGACAAGCUGUCCAACAAUUGAAACAGAUUAUUACUGGACCAGAUUUAGUACUUGAAUUUCCUGAUCCAAAACUACCUUAUGUUCUUUCUACUGAUGCGUCAAGAAUUGGACUCGGUGCGGUGUUAAAACAAAUAACUGAAAAUGGACGAAUAAAAAUAAUUUAUUACUUAUCACGGGUAUUAACAAAUACUGAAUUAAGAUAUUCUACGACUGAAUUAGAAGCAUUGGUCAUUGUCUGGGCUAUAACAAAAUUACGUCCAUAUUUACUUGGUAAAGAUUUUAGAAUUGAAACUGAUUAUUGUCCACUAUGUCAAUUUCAUAAAAAACGAUCACGUAAUGGACGUCUCGAUCGAUGGGCAAUUGAAAUAUUAUCCGAAUACAACAUUGCUGAAAUUAAAUAUAAAAAAGGAAAAUGCCAUUGUGAUGCAAAUUUACUUUCCCGUUAUUCACUACAAAGUAAUCAAAGUUAUUGUAAUGACAUUAGUAUAAGGAAACAACAUGAAGGUUAUUUAUUCCCAUACUCAGAUGAAUUAUAUGAUAAUGACUCAGGUAUUCAACCAACAGCAUCAAUUCAUGUGAUUACACGUUCAGCAGCUCGAGCUAAUAAUAACCAACAAGAUAAUGGAGUAAAAUUAACAAGUGUUUAUAAUACUCGUCUAAGAACUACACAACUACAAGGAAAAAACUCUUCUUCAUCAUCACAUACUAACAUGGCUUCAACGGCAUCAUCACCAUCGAACGCGAAUGAUAAAUCAAUGGUACCGUCAUCAUCGAAUGCAAACUCUUCAGCGGAAGUUCAUUUAUCAUCGAUGGGUUUCAGUAUGAUGAAGAUCAAAGAAAAACAACUAAAAGAUAUGGAAAUUCAAGAGAAAAAGAAAAAUCUAUCUAGUAAUCAAGAUUUCGAAAUUAUUAAUGAUAUUAUAUAUAAAUUAAUUCCACGUGGGAAAAGAAAAAUUAAACUUACAUGGGUUCCAAAAACAAUGAUAAAUCAAGUGCUAUUUCUUCAUCACGACCAUCAUACAGCAGCACAUAUGGGAAUUAAUAAAACAACAACAAAAUUAGUCAACAAGUAUUAUUGGCCGAACAUGUAUAAAACAAUAAUCAAUUAUAUUAAGUCUUGUACCAGAUGUUCAAAAUAUAAUUAUAGAAGAGCCAAAUUACCUGGGAAAAUGAAUAUUAUUCCUAUACCAAAUGAAGUGAUGGGUCUGGUUGGAAUGGAUUACUGGAGUCCCAUGGAGAAAUCCACAACAAAUGGGAACAAAUAUGUCAUUACCAUGACCGAUUAUCUUUCAAAAUUGAUGUUCGCGAAAGUAGUCAGGACUAAUUCAGCACAAGAAGCAGCAGAAUUUUUCUUAGAUGUAUGUUAUCAUUACGAAGCACCAACAAAAUUAGUGACAGAUCAAGGACCUCACUUUAUUGCAGAAUUAACCAGAACAAUAAUCAAUUCAUGUAAUAUAACACACAUCCUUGCGACACCAUAUCAUCCAAUGUCGAAUGCUCAAACAGAAAGAUUUAAUGCAAUGUUUGCUCCAGCAUUAUCGAAAUUAAUGAAUGAACAAAAAUAA